AGAGCCUUGAAACGGCAAUGAUGUUAUCGAAUUCGCGAAUAUCACGUUUCUUGUGUCCCUUCCUUUAGGUUCCACGGAGUGAUACGUGUAAAACGGAAUGCUAAGAUCUGUCCUAGCAAACAUAUUUCGAUUAGGCCGCUCAGACAGUUGGUGCCGAGCGUGGGCGCAUUUCUCGGAUUCCUGUACAAAAUAAGGGAAGGACCAAGCCAAGUAAAAUGGUUCGCCAACUUCUACUCGUAAAGCUCUUCGUGGCGACAUUUUUGGUUGCAUCUACCGCAGCACAUGGUUGGGGAGCAGACGAUAUGGAGAUCUUCGAUCUCGUCGAGGAGGUGAACCAGAACUUCUAUCAAGUAAUGAAUAUAAGCAAUACUGCUUCGGCCGCGGAAAUCAAACGCGCCUUCCGCAAACUGUCGGUGAUCCUGCACCCGGACAAGAGCGACGCGGAGGAUGCGAACAUCCAAUUCCGCAACCUCGUCUCGGUAUACGAAAUCCUGAAAGAUCCGGUCAAGCGGGAAAAGUACGACAAGGUGCUGAAGGAUGGAAUGCCUAACUGGAGAUCAGCGGUCUAUUACUACCGCCACGUCCGAAAAAUGGGCAUUGCUGAAAGCGCAAUCAUCCUGUUCGUAGUAAUCACCGUCACGCAGUAUUUAGUAGCUUGGGCUGCGUACGUCGAGAAGAAAUAUACCGCAGAACAGAUCGUUGGAAGCAAGCUGAGAAAGUUGUCAAAAAAGAAGCAAACGAAUCAGCAUCUCGAGGAGCUGAUUUACGAAAUUCCUCAGCCAAGCAUCCGGAACACGUUGCCGUUCCAGAUUCCAAUCUGUCUGUGGCGUACCAUUACAGGAUUACCGGCUGCUAUAAGGUCUCUCAUCGACAUGUACGCACAACAGAAAAAGCUGGAAGAGGAAGCUCGCGAUCGGAAGAAGAAAGAGCUGGAAGAACAGGUAGAGUUCGAGAAUCAACGAGCCAAGGAGAAAGAGAACCGCACAUUACGUAAACGUAGCAAAAAGCUAACUGUUCCUGAGAAAACGGACGAAGAGUUGGCUGCCUACAGUCAGCGCAUCCUAGGCACUGAUGACGAUGCGCAGCGGGAAUUUAACCGACUACCGCCCCCGACGGUAUCCGGGGGCCUUUGGACUGACGACGAUCUUAACGACCUUGUACGCUUGGUGAAAAAGUAUCCCGGUGGUACCAGCAAUCGGUGGGAGCUGAUAGCAGAGCUGAUGAAUCGUAAUGUAGAGGAAGUCACGUACAUGGCAACGAAAUUGAAGGAGGCUCCAACCCGGUUGCUACACCAAUCGACCGAUAACCAAGCGGCCGCCGACACGUCGGUGAAGAGUAAAACAAAAACGCGAGACUCUGCUGGGGCCAGUGUGGGCGAGCUGUCGAGCAGCUGGACCCAGCAGCAGCAGCAAGCCUUGGAGGCUGCAAUUCAACGAUACCCAAAGUCGACCAGCACUGACCGAUGGCAAAAGAUUGCCAACAACGUACCGGGCAAGACGAAGGACGAGUGUAUUGCGCGAUACAAACAUCUCGUCGAGCUGAUAAAGAAGCAAAAGAAAGAGUUAGAAGCGUCGUUGAACGAAACAUCAACUGAUGGCCAAGCUAAGGAACAGCAGCUAGUAUCCUCGGAGCCAGGGGCAGUGGAUGAAACGGAAGAGAACAUUAUUCCACCACAGUCCAAUGAAGAAGCAUGCGAAUCUGCGGAGCAUCAGCCUGUGCCUCAGAAAGGUGGCAAAAGUCAAGCGAAAAGUCGAAGGCGAGAGCGGAAGAAGGCAAUCGCGCAGUACAGUUACUCCGAAGACGAAUCGGAAGAUUCAAAUGACGAAUGAGCAAACUGGCACUAAGAGCGAACUGCUCUGCUUAUGUUUUAUGUUUUUUUUUCAGUAAUCGAAACCGUUUUUUUUGUGGAAAAUUUAGAGCGAAAACCCCACGGUAACAAUAAAAUAUUGAGCCUCACCAAUCCUGGUGGCUUACUGCGAGCAACCAAA